CCCGUGUCAGCAGGCUGCCGGGGUCAAAGACGCUCUUUAUCAUCCGCCUCUCCAUCGGGUUCUGAAUAGGCGGCCAAUCAACCUUGGUGAAACUGUUUGCUUUGCCCAGGGAGAAUUUCGUGAAUUUUUCGCCUUUUCUUCGCGUGCAAUUGAUGCGUGCAGUUACAUUUGUUGUAUUGUAACUACCGUUUUUGCUGAGUCGCGCCGCUGUAUUCUGCCGCCCCUCGGCUUGCCUAUUGCAACUUGCGCCGCUGCUCCUGUGGCCCGCAGUUGCAGCCCGCAGUUGCAAGCCGCCGCCAACAUGGCUCCCUACACAGACGACCCGUUUGUGCCUUCUCCCAGCUCCCGCAGACGCAGCUCGAGUCGGGACAGAAGCCCAAGCCGAUCCAGGAUGUCGCACGAGUCCGAGUCCUCUGUUUCGACCACGAGCAUCGUCUUCGACCGCAUUGGCGAGCGCGUCGCCGCUCAGGACGCUGCGCUAGCCAAGCUCGAAAAGACGGCACACGACGGCCAUGGCGCUAACCGACACGACGGCCAAGGCGGCGGCAGCGGCGACGACGACGACGACACCGACGCCGUCCUCAAGGACGAUCCGAACAGCGACGAUCUCGAGACCGGCCCCUUCCUCGCCAACGGCGGCACACCCCAGCAUGCCGACACCAAGGGUCGGAAGAUGGACCGGGGGAUGCGCAGGGCGCUCCUCAUCGCAGCCGGCCUGCUGAUCUCCGCCUGGGUCGCCGGCCUGUUCGUCUUCAUCUCGACCAAGGCCUACAAACACGCCUCUGAGAUCGCCCACGACCCACAGGCGACCGUCACGAAGGGGUCGGGGAAGGGCGUGACGCUCGACCAGGUGCUCGGCAGCUUCUGGCGCCCCGAGGUCCACUCCAUACGAUGGGUUGCUGGGCCUGCCGGCGAGGAUGGUCUCUUGUUGGAAAAGGGGGCUCCCGGGAAGGACUUCCUCGUCGUGGAAGACGUCCGCGCGCAGAACCCGGCUGCUGCGGCCGGGGCACCCGGUGAGCAAGUGGCCGAGGCUAGGACCUUGAUGCAAAAGGGCACCUUCGAUUACGGGCCCAAGACCUACGACGCGGUCAAGGUGGAGCCGAGCAGAGACUUCCAGAGAGUCUUGGUCGCGACCGACGUCGAGUCCAACUGGCGCCAUUCCAGCUAUGCCGCCUACUGGAUUUUCGAUGUCAAGACCCAGACCGCCGAACCCUUGAUCCCGGACGAACCCGAAGCCCGCAUCCAGCUUGCCCAGUGGAGUCCCGCCGGCGACGCCGUGUCCUUCACCAGGGACAACAACUUGUACCUGCGCAAGGUUGGCUCGACCAACGUCAUUCAGAUCACCCGGGAUGGCGGCUCCGAAGUGUUCAAUGGCGUGCCGGACUGGGUCUACGAGGAAGAGGUUCUGGCCGGCGCGAGUGCCACCUGGUGGUCUGAAGACGGCAGCCACAUUGCCUUCUUGCGCACCAACGAGACCGGCGUUCCCGAGUUUGCCGUCCAGUACUUCCUCUCGCGGCCCAGCGGCACCGAGCCCAAGCCGGGCGAGGAGGCGUACCCGGAGACGAGGAUGAUCAAGUACCCCAAGGCCGGCGCCCAUAACCCGGUCGUCGAGCUGAAGCUCUACGACGUAACGCGCGGAGACGUCUUCUCGGUAGAUGUUUCGGGCGGCUUCCCCGACGACGACCGACUCAUCACUGAGGUCGUCUGGGCCGGUAAGCAUGUACUGGUCAAGGAGACGAACAGGGUCAGCGACGUGAUGCGCGUCGUCCUCGUGGACGCGGCGGCGCGCACUGGCAAGCAGGUCCGGAACACCGACGUCAAAGCCAUCGAUGGCGGUUGGUUCGAGGUCACCCACCAGACAAAGUACAUCCCCGCCGACCCAUCCAAGGGGCGUGCUCAUGAUGGCUACGUCGACCUGAUCAUCCACGACGGCGGCAACCAUCUGGCCUACUUUUCCCCGUUGGAUAACCCAGACCCGGUCAUGCUCACGUCCGGCAACUGGGAAGUUGAGGAUUCGCCUUACGCUGUGGACCUGGACAAGAACAUCGUCUACUUUGUUGCAACCAAGGAGUCGUCCAUUCAGCGGCAUGUUUACCAGGUUGAGCUCACGGGAGAAGGUCUUGCUGCGGUGUCUGACACCUCUUCCGAAGGCUACUACGCCGUCUCGUUUUCCACCGGCGCUGGCUACGCACUCCUGUCGUACCAGGGCCCCGGGAUCCCAUGGCAAAAGGUCAUCAGCACCCCGAGCAACCCGCGCAAGUACGAGCACUCUGUAGAAGAGAACGUUGAGCUUGCCGACCGCGCCAAGAAGUACGAGCUUCCCAUCAAGAUCUACGGCACCAUCAACGUAGACGGCGUCGAGCUGAACUACGUCGAAAGACGGCCGCCCCAUUUCGACGAGAGCAAGAAGUACCCUGUUCUCUUUCAGCAGUACAGCGGGCCGGGCUCCCAGACCGUCAACAAGAAGUUCACCGUCGACUUCCAGUCUUACGUCGCCGCCGGCUUGGGGUACGUCUGCGUCACCGUCGACGGGCGCGGGACGGGCUACAUCGGGCGCAAGAACCGCGUGGUCAUCCGCGGCGAGCUCGGCAAGUGGGAGUCGCACGACCAGAUCGCGGCGGCGAAGAUCUGGGCCGCGAAGAAGUACGUCGACGAGACGCGGCUCGCCAUCUGGGGCUGGAGCUUCGGCGGCUUCAACACGCUCAAGACGCUGGAGCAGGACGGCGGGCGGACGUUCCGGUACGGCAUGGCGGUCGCGCCGGUCACGGACUGGCGCUUCUACGACAGCAUCUACACGGAGCGGUACAUGCUCACGCCGCAGGCCAACGCGCACGGCUACGACGCGAGCGCCAUCACCAACGUCUCGGCCCUGGCGGAGAACGUGCGCUUCCUCAUCAUGCACGGCCUGGCCGACGACAACGUGCACUUCCAGAACUCGCUGACGCUGCUGGACAAGCUGGACAUGGCCGGCGUCGAGAACUACGACGUGCACGUGUUUCCGGACAGCGACCACAGCAUCUACUUCCACAACGGCAACCGCAUUGUAUAUGACAAACUGACCAACUGGCUGAUCAACGCAUUCAACGGCGAGUGGAUCAAGGUUGCGAACCCAAAGCCGACCGGAAAGAAGGGGUAGCCGUGGGUAUGGUCGGCGUGUUCUGCUGCGGUAGGGUAGCAUGGGACGGCGUCCGGAGUUUGGCAAUGGGGUAUAUGGGGUAUAUUGAUUUCG